AUGGUAUCAGAGCUUCGAGAUCGAUCUAUGGCAAUGCUAGGAGAUUCUUGGCCAAUACGAGGAGCCAAACUCAUUUUCGACGGAGAAGAUUAUGAUUAUUGGAGUUUUAUGAUGAAGACACUCCUGGUCUCACAAGAUUUGUGGGAUUUGGUGGAGAACGUACACAUUGAAGAUCAGGAUGUCGUAGAAUCAUUAGAUCGGUCAUCCGAUAAAAAGUUAAAGGAGAACAAAAAGAGAGAUUUGAAGGCCUUGUUUAUUAUUCAACAAAGUAUUUCUCGUAAAUUUUUUCCGAGAAUAAUAGGGGUUGAUACAUCGAAGGAAGCGUGUGACAUAUUGCAAAAGGAAUUUGAAGGAAGCGAUAAAAUGAAGACAGUGAAGCUCUUAACUCUUAAACAAGAGUUUCAAAAUUUGAGGAUGAAGGAGAAAGAAAUUCUACAAGUGUACUUCUCAAGGGUUAUAGAAGUUGUAAACCAAAUCAAGUGUAUUGGCGAUGACUUGACCGACAAAACGGUUUGGGAGAAGGUUUUGAUAAGUCUUUCUCCAAAGUAUGACAAUAUGGUGACCAUUAUUGAAGAAAUGAAAGAACUUUCGUCACUUAGUAUUCACAAUUUGAUGGGUUCUCUUGAGAUGCAUGAACAAUGGAUGAAGCGACAUACUAAAGCUUCCCUCAAAAGUGCCUUUCAAUCUAAAGUGAGUGUAAAAGAAGAUUCUACUAAAAGCUCGAAUAAACGUCAAUAUUCUCGUGGCGGUGGAAGUUAUGGAAGAGGUCGAGGGCAUGGCUGA